AUGGCCGGCACUGGGGUGUUCGAGGAGAUCAUAGACGGGGAUGUGUACAAGUACUACUCCGAAGGGGAAUGGAGGAAGUCGUCCUCCGGCAAGUCCGUCGCCAUCAUCAACCCUACCACACGCAAGACGCACUACAAGGUUCAAGGUGAGGGGGCCUGCAACCUCCGCCCUAUUUCUUUGUAGUCUUUCCCCAGGGCUGGCCACAAGGUCUCCCUCUUUUCUUCCCCUUUCGUUUUUGUUCGGUUUGGACGCUGGUUUUUGCUCGAUCAGAGGAAUUCGGGCGUUGCUGUAUGUUUCUCCCCGCAAUGUUGCAUUAUUUUGGAGGUCUUGCGGCGAAUUUUUUACGAUCCGAAGCCGUCGUCGCUCUGUUGUUCUUGCAUUCACUAUGCUCCUCCCCAGAAUCAGCGAAAGGACGACAGUCGUUGAUGAAUUCUGAUAUCUCGGCUCUUCCUGAUGUGAUCUUCGUUUACGAAUGCAAGAUCGUGUUGGAAACUAUUCAGAUUUGUUUCAUUUGAUUUAUUAAAAAAAGAAAUCCGCUCUGCGUGUGCCGUGGCCCACAGAUGAUUCACGACGAAUGUCACAAAAAUAGUUAAAUAACGAGGGGAGCAUUUCGCAUGCUCCCUUCGCCGUGCUCGGAAUAUUCCGGCGGUCGAAUUAUCAGUUUCAGACGAAGGUGUCCUUCCUUCCAUUAGCGCGACUUAUCGGGUCGGAACGCCGGCGUGCGUUCUCUCGCCUUUGUCUUCCCUUCCCUCUCCAGCAUGCACGCAGGUGGAGGUGAACAAGGUAAUGGAGGUGGCAAAGACGGCACAGAAGGCGUGGGCUAAGACCCCUCUGUGGAAGCGGGCGGAGCUCCUCCACAAGGCAGCCGCCCUCCUCAAGGAGCACCGGGAGCCCAUCGCCGAAUGCCUCGUAAAGGAGAUCGCCAAGCCGGCCAAGGACGCGGUCAUCGAGGUGCGCAUUUCUCGUCUAUUUUCAACUUGUUGAUGCAGCGCACCUUCCUGUUCACGAAAUUUCGCUUUCAUUUUCUGACGGGAGUUAAUGACGGGAAGGUCGUCCGGUCGGGGGAUCUGAUAUCUUACACCGCCGAGGAAGGGGUACGACUCCUGGGGGAGGGCAAAUUCCUCGUCUCCGAUAGCUUCCCUGGCAACGAACGCACAAAGUACUGCCUCACCUCCAAGGUCAGUGUCCGAGAGUUUUCCUCUUCCUUCCACCUCUUUUACUCAUCGUUUUGAACCACUGGUAGUCUUCUUCUUUCUGUGUGCUUUUUCAUCUGAUAGGAUUCUUUCUUGUAUUCUCUUUGGUCUGUCGACUUGUGAUAAAGAAGAUUUCCCAAGAAUUGCAUUAAAACAUAUCGACUAGUCAUCACAGCACAGCCGCUUCUUACAUUUCCGAGCAGCUUUUAAAGUGGCAAGGUGAUGUUGUCGCAGAUUCCAUUGGGAGUCGUCCUGGCGAUUCCCCCCUUCAACUAUCCUGUUAAUCUGGCCGUCUCCAAGAUCGCCCCGGCACUAAUUGCCGGCAACUCGCUUGUGCUCAAGCCCCCAACCCAGGUAACAGAUUCAUAUCAAUGCUUCAAAGAAUACACCCCCUGUUCAUCCAUACUAUCUGCUCCUAAAUAUAUUGAACCCUUGGUUCGUAAAAUCUCUCAAUGUGGAAGUACUUGAUGAAGAAAUACAUACCCUGUAGGGAGCCGUGGCCGCUCUUCACAUGGUACAUUGCUUCCAUCUGGCCGGGUUCCCCAAAGGCCUCAUCAGCUGUGUCACCGGAAAAGGCUCGGAGAUUGGGGAUUUUCUGACCAUGCACCCUGGAGUCAACUGUAUAAGGUAGCCAGUCAGCCACCUUCGGAAUUCUAUGGUGGUGCUAAAUACUAGCUUCUUCCGGCAUUCAGUGACUAGUUGACUCGUCUUCCCGCUGUAGUUUCACUGGCGGAGAUACCGGAAUCGCCAUAUCGAAGAAGGCCGGGAUGGUCCCGCUCCAGAUGGAACUGGGGGGGAAGGACGCCUGUAUAGUGCUGGAGGAUGCCGACCUGGACUUGGUGGCGGCCAACAUUGUCAAAGGAGGCUUCUCGUACAGGUAAAAUCCGUCGUUCAUCUACCAUAGCUUGCUUCUGUAACGUCAACGGAAGAUCUCUUGCUUCGAUGAUUCCUGAUUAAUAUAUAUAUAUAUUAAAAUUGGGAAAAACACAGCUCAGGCUUUGUUUACUCUUUAUUUUAAUAACACAGCGGGCAGAGGUGCACGGCAGUGAAGGUCGUCCUGGUGAUGGAAUUGGUUGCCGAUUCCCUCGUGGAGAAAGUCAACGCCAAGUUGGCUAAGCUGACCGUCGGGCCGCCGGAGGACGACUGCGACAUCACUCCGGUGGUGACGGAGUCCUCGGCCAACUUCAUAGAAGGGCUGGUCAUGGACGCGAAGGAGAAAGGCGCCACCUUUUGCCAGGAGUACCAGAGGGAAGGCAACCUCAUAUGGCCGCUGCUGCUGGAUCACGUCCGCCCGGACAUGAGAAUCGCCUGGGAGGAGCCCUUCGGGCCGGUGCUACCAGUAAUCCGCAUCAACUCCAUUGAAGAAGGCAUCCACCACUGCAAUGCCAGCAACUUCGGUCUCCAGGUACCGCACGGACCAUCUCCUCCUCCUUCCUCCUCCCUCUUCAUUUCUGAUCCCCACUUUUUCUUCCUCUCUCCCCCCCUCCCCCCCUCCUGCAGGGAUGCGUCUUCACGAGGGACAUCGUCAAAGCUAUCAUGAUCAGCGACGCCAUGGAAACGGGAACGGUGCAGAUCAACUCGGCUCCCGCUCGCGGCCCGGAUCACUUCCCCUUCCAGGUGGGUACUACAUGCGAUUCCGUAGAAUCUGUUCUUCGAUGGAGAGUGGCUAACUGCGCAGGAAUCCCACGUAAAAAACAUGGUCGUUGCAGGGUUUGAAAGACAGUGGCAUCGGCUCGCAGGGGAUUACUAACAGUAUAAACAUGAUGACGAAGGUGAAGAGCACCGUCAUCAACCUCCCGUCACCUUCCUACACCAUGGGUUAG